CGGUCAUGUGAUCAGCUGUGUCCAAUAACAGCUGAUCGCAUGAGAGUCAGUAAUCAGCAUUCCUCAGAGGGGACAUGUGCACUGAUCAUCAGGGCACUGAUGAUCAGUGUGCCCUGAUGACCAGUGUAGCCCCAGCAGUGCCACCUGUCAGUGUCCAUCAGUGUUACAUCAAUGCCUACCAGUGCACAUCAAUGCCACAUAUCAGUGCCCAUCUGAGCUGCCUUUCAGUGUCACCUAUCAGUGCUAGUCAGUGCCACAUAUCAAUGCCAGUCAGUGCCACCUAUCAAUGCUGCCAGUCAGUGCCACCUAUCAGUGCUGCUUAACAGUG